AUGACGGCAACUCAAAACGAGGAGAACUCCUCGCCGUCACCUCCCUGUCGUAUAGUUGUUCAUGCGGGAGAGCCAUUCCAAGAUGAAACACAUACACCCGACGACCCUUUGCCGGUCCUCGGCGAAAAGGACCAUGGCUCGCAGGAGCGGGUGGCAGCAGCCAAUGAAAGCAACUUAUUCUACCAUGACAGCGGCGCUGCAGGUGGCCGCACCACCGUGAGCAACACCUGCAGCCGCGCUGGCAAGCCAGCACACCAGCUCUCGAAAAAGGGUACCGACACCAUGACGGAUCCUACCGUCCCUCAAGGAUACCUGAAGUACUGGGCCCUACGUGUUGGCCAAGAAGCCGCAGAUAUUCCUGAGAGCGAGGAGUUUGAAACGGCAUAUGCAAUGAAGGCUCAGAGCCUCUUUCCAUUCCGGUCGACGACAACUGAGUGGACAGUAAACACUGCAGGAGGAUUCCUGGUACUGCUGAUGCCGUGGGGCCCGGUAAUGAUGCUUUUUGGUUUAUGCCUUGGUGGUCUCCUUGGCUUUGGAUUUGCUAUGGCUAAUGACAUGUGCCGCCUUCGGAAGAAAACGUCUGCAGCAACACAACAAAAGAAGAAGAUUGAUCACUUAAUGCGCUGGGCAGGGUAUCACUUCGCUAGCAGCAAUGCGCAGCUGCAGCUCAUAUUUAAGGUCAUCAUGGAGUAUGAGGUCCUAGCUCGCUUGGGAGAUAUAUCUAAAACCGCUCGGGCGCAGCUGCGCCUUCUAUACUCGUUCUUGAGCCGUGAUGAUGUGGGACACUGUCUUUGGCUGUACCUCGACUACUUUGAAGCGCACUAUGAACACAUGACAAGAAGCGAAAUCUUCAUGUGUGCAAUGGUCUGCUACGUUUGCACACAGUGCGCCGGAACUUUAAGGAAACGGAACCUUCACCCUGUGGUGACGCGGAUGAUCCGCAUGAUGCACGAUGCGGAAAUUCAGAAAAUAUUCCAAAAAUCCAAGACGCCAAACCCUAAACAGGCGAAACUCGACGAACAAACAGAGCGCUGCCUCUUCUAUGCUGACAACAGCCAAGGGGUGCAGACAUUUGUCAUGAAGGGCGGAGACCUCCUGCAGUCUCUUCACAAUGAGUGCACAGCGGGAAGGAAUGCAGAGUCGUCCGAGGGAAGUUCGUUUACAGAUGCAUUUUCGGGAAGUAAUUUUGAAUCCGAAGUGUCAAAUGAAGUCAACGAAAAGGCGGACAUCCUGCAGGAAACGCUUGCAUGCUUUCGUGGGUGGUUACAAAUGAUGGUUCUUGUUGUAUUGCCUGGGAGCGAUGCUCAGGGAGAGUUGCGCCCAGUGGAGAAUUUCAACGUGGCAUUGACGUAUGGGGUGUCCCUGGAACGGGCUUUAGGGUGUACACUGGAAGGAACAAGUUCUCCCGCUACUGCCUCUCUUUCAAAGCAGCUCCCUCUUCCUCUUCCUUCUGCAAAUGCAGUGAAAACGCACCGCCGAAAGACAUCUUCUGUCAUCAGCAACACAAGAAGUACAUCAAGGGCUUCCCGACAACCCACGCCAACCCACAUGCAGUCCCAGACACAAACACAGACGGAAGAGACAAAGGCAGAAGACAAGACCAAAGGAGAGGAUUCCCAAGCCGUGGCAGUCGCUAAACCCGAAGCCCGUUUGUUUAAGAGCUACGAGGACUUGAUAAACUUCGACAUAACCCUGAAACACCAAACACCAAUAGCUCCUUACGAGUUUCAGUUUUUGGAGGAGAAGGAGCCUCACGAUCCCUCGGAUCCUUCCUGGGAACGCACCGUUGACCAGGAGUUAAUUCAGGUGUACAAAUUCAUUUCGCCCGACUCCCCGGUUGUUGUUGUCAAGGCUUACGCACAGUUCGACGGAAUUCCCCUUCAUGUGCUCAGCCGCCACAUCAAGGAUAUCAAAUGCCGCCUGGAAUGGGACACGACGUUUGCUGACUACCGCGUGAUAGAGGACGAUGUUGAUGGGUGUGAGAUGAUCUACUGCCUCAUGAAGGCCCCCUUCCCUGUAUCCAACAGGGACUUCCUUCAGCAGCCUCAAGGGCUGCAGAAGAAAGAAAUAGUGCUCAUAGUCAUCCUUCCUGCCGCUGCCCUAUAG